AUAGUCGGUUACAUAUUCAAUACAGAAUGUUCGGAAUCUCUCCUGUUGGUGGGACUAACGACUUUUCAAUUCAAUGACACAGGAGCCUCUUGAAACAGAUCAGACCAACAAAACUCCACCUCUCACCGUCAAGCACUCCUCGUUAGAGGAGCUUCUUUUAUGUUCUAGUAAUAUAUAAUAAUGCAGGCCUUCUUCCAAUGCAGGAGCUUUCUCUCAUCCAGGCACGGUAUCACCAACUUUCCUUACGUGGGCCGCCUGUUGUCGCUCUUUUGAUAUCUAACUCUACGAUUCUUUCUUGUUUAUCUUAAACAACCACCCAUUAUGCAGCUAUCACUUCCUACACUCUUUAUUUCAUUGGGCCUUCUGGCUGUUCAAUCGUCAGCCCAGCUAUCCGGGGACGUCGGACCGCUGACUUCAGUCUCCACGAAGAAAGCCACGAAGACCUGCAAUGUCGUUGACUACGGCGCGGUAGCCGACCAGUCAACAGAUCUAGGUGCUCCACUUGCUUCUGCUUUUGCAGACUGCAAGUCGGGUGGCCUGGUCUAUGUCCCCUCCGGAAAAUAUGCCAUGGACACAUGGGUGACCCUAAGCGGCGGCAGUGCCUGGGCGCUUCAGAUCGAUGGACAGAUAUACCGCACCGGAACUGAUGGUGGAAACAUGAUUUUUAUUGAACACUCGUCGGACUUUGAGCUCUUCAGCAGCACGUCGAAGGGUGCGAUCCAGGGAAAUGGAUACGAAUAUCAUAUCAAUGGAUCGCUCAGUGGUCCUCGCCUCUUACGAUUCUAUGAUGUCUCACACUUCUCUGUGCAUGAUUUCAUUCUUGUCGACUCGCCAUCGUUUCAUUUCUCAGUUGAUACCUGCUCUGACGGUGAGAUUUAUAACAUGGCCAUCCGUGGAGGUGAUGAGGGAGGUCUUGACGGUAUUGAUGUUUGGAGUACCAACAUUUGGGUGCACGACGUCAUGGUUACUAACAAGGAUGAGUGUGUAACGGUCAAGAGUCCUUCAAAGAAUAUCCUUGUCGAGAGUAUCUACUGCAACUGGAGCGGUGGUUGCGCUAUCGGUUCCCUGGGAGCAGAUACCAAUAUCACUGACGUGACCUAUCGCAACAUCUACACCUGGUCGUCCAACCAGAUGAUGAUGAUCAAGAGUAACGGCGGCAGUGGAUUCGUGGAGAAUGUUCUAUUCGAGAACUUCAUCGGCCAUGGCAACGCCUACUCCCUCAACAUCGACAGCCACUGGAGCGGCCAGUCAGAGGCAGAGGGCGACGGAGUCCAACUGAGCAACAUCACGUUCAACAACUGGAAAGGUACAGAAGCCGACGGUUCAAAACGAGGUCCGAUUCGCGUCAUCUGUCCUGACGCUGUGCCUUGCACCGACAUCACCAUCAAAGACUUCGCCAUGUGGACCGAAAGCGGUAGCGAACAAUGGUACUCCUGCGAGAGCGCAUACGGUUCUGGUGCCUGUCUGGAGGACAGCUCAUCUGCUACCUCGUAUGCUGUGACUACAACCACUGUCACCAGCGCUCCGUCUGGGUACUCAGCUCCCACCAUGACGGGUGACUUGACAACUGCUUUUGGAACCACGGCUUCUAUCCCGAUCCCAACGAUCCCCACGUCAUUCUAUCCCGGAGUGACGCCGUACAGCUCGCUUGCAAGAUGAUGCAGGAAUGGUCCUGGCUCCGUCCUUUGGUGUAUAUU